AAUGCUGCGGCGGCGCUGACCGGGUGCUGAGGUAAGCGCCGGGGCUGGCUGCAGACUCGCCUUCCCUUCUUAGACCCUUGACGGGAUUCCGGCGGCACGGAGCCCGAGGCCUGCUCUGGGGGCUUUCGCCGGCAUCCUCUUGUCAUACUGCAGCAGUUGGGCAUCCUUUUGGAGUCGAGAGCGUAGUGACAGGACUGGCCUGCAGCCAUGUCCACCUUCAGGCAGGAGGAUGUGGAAGACCACUAUGAGAUGGGAGAGGAAUUGGGCAGUGGCCAGUUUGCAAUUGUGCGGAAAUGCCGUCAGAAGAGCAAUGGGAUGGAGUAUGCAGCCAAGUUCAUCAAGAAGCGUCGAUUGUCGUCUAGUCGUCGGGGGGUGAGCCGGGAGGAGAUAGAGAGGGAGGUGGACAUUCUUCGGGAGAUCCAGCACCCUAACAUCAUUACCCUCCAUGACAUCUUUGAGAACAAGACAGAUGUAGUGCUGAUCUUGGAACUGGUUUCUGGGGGUGAGCUCUUUGAUUUCUUGGCUGAAAAGGAGUCCCUAACCGAGGAGGAGGCGACCCAGUUCCUUAAGCAGAUCCUUGAUGGUGUCCAUUACCUGCACUCCAAGCAGAUUGCCCACUUUGACUUAAAGCCGGAGAAUAUCAUGCUUCUGGAUAAGAAUGUGCCCAACCCUCGAAUCAAACUAAUUGAUUUUGGCAUUGCCCACAAAAUUGAGGCAGGGAACGAGUUCAAGAAUAUUUUUGGAACCCCGGAGUUUGUAGCUCCUGAGAUUGUGAACUACGAGCCACUAGGUUUGGAGGCGGAUAUGUGGAGCAUUGGAGUGAUCACAUACAUCCUUUUGAGUGGAGCAUCACCAUUCUUGGGUGAAACCAAGCAGGAGACUCUCACCAACAUUUCUGCUGUGAACUAUGACUUUGAUGAAGAGUAUUUCAGUAAUACCAGUGAGCUGGCCAAGGACUUCAUCCGUCGGCUGCUUGUCAAAGACCCCAAGAAAAGGAUGACCAUUGAGCAGAGCCUGGAGCAUUCAUGGAUUAAGGUGAUUAAGAGAAGGAAUGUUCGGAAUGAGGACAGUGGCAAGAAGCCAGAGCGUCGGCGGCUGAAGACAACCCGCCUCAAGGAGUACACUAUCAAAUCCCACUCGAGCAUGCCCCCGAACAACACAUACAUCAACUUUGAGCGCUUUUCUAAGGUACUGGAGGAGGUGGCAGCAGCUGAAGAGGGCCUGCGGGAGCUGGGGCGAAGCAAGAAGCUGUUCCGUGAGGACAUUGAGGUCCUGACUUCUAUCUAUGAGGAGAAGGAGGCCUGGUAUAAGGAGGAGAACGAGAGCAUUGGCCAGGACCUACGGCUGCUUCGUCAGGAGCUGCACAAGACCGAGGCCCUGAAACGGCAGGCCCAAGAAGAGGCUAAGGGAGCUCUGCUGGGGGCUAAUGGGCUGAAACGCCGCUUUAGCCGCCUGGAGAACCGCUUUGAGGCCCUGGCUAAACAGGUGGCAUCAGAGAUGAGGUUUGUUCAGGACCUGGUGUAUGCCAUGGAGCAAGAGAAACUGCAGGAUGGGGAUUGCAGUGUGCGUUAGUGGUUCUCCGGGCUGGCGGAGAGGAGUGGCGACAAAGGGAGGAGAGUCAGACCAAAUGUCCAACAGCCCUCUGAGGCAGAGGGAGACUGUGAUUGAUAACUUGGAUGAAGAUAGAGGAUCUGGGAUUGGCUGCUCUCCUAUAUCCCUACCUCUCUAAGGGCCCUCUAGCAAAGAGUCAGACAGUGCUGACAUUCCUUUUAUUUACCCUUCCUAGGAGGCUCUGAUUUUUUUCUGAAUCAGAGGGACAGGAGGCAGGGAUUGGCCAAAAUGGAAUGUCAGCAUGAAAUAAGAAUGUACUGAGUGAUAUCAGGUUCUGCAACAUUGCUGCUUACCCUGGCUUAGUCACAGUUUGGAUUGGGUGAAUUUGAAAAACACCAACUUCCUUUAUUCUGCCUCAGGAUAUGAAGAAGUUUCCCAUAAUUCAUGCAACUGAGGGAUAUACUAGGCUUGAGGGGCACUACUGUUGUCAUCACAACCCCCUUGCUUGGUAAAACAGAAAAAGUGCAAAUGUUACUUAUGCCACUGGACAGAUAGCUGAUUGUCUUCUGGAGGAGCCUCACUCUGGUGGGCCUGCCACCAGCCCCUGAAUGGAGAAUAACAUGAACAGUGUCUGUUAUAUGCAUCUAGAGAAAUUCUGAAGAGGGCCCUCAUAUCUUGACCUGACCUUAUUUGAGAAGAUACCACUGUUAGCUAAGACUUGCAGAGGCACAGGCUACUUGUAGCUGUAAGCUAUAAUGAAAACGUGGAACUGCUUGAGAAUAAAAUAGGACAUCCUCCCAAAAUUAGACACAAUUGGAAUAUAUAUGUAUUUUUAAAAAUUUAGUGAAUGCUCUUCUAGCCUUUUCUGUGUAAAUGCACUAAGUGAGAGAAAAUCUUACUCCUGUGUAAAAGCACAGUUGAUAUUAAACACAGACCAUUCAGACUCUGUCCCAGCAUUGAAUGGUAGCCCAGGCCCAGUGGCUGCCCUGGCACCCUCCUUACUCUCGGGGCUUCCUGGCCAUUAGCUUACCGGCCAGGGUCAUUUGUUACCCUGUAUAUGGGUACCCAAACAUUUUUCUUUGGUUUAUGGCCAUGGCUGCAGCAAAGCCCAGUGCCAUCUGUGACUGUUUCAGACUCAUUAUCACCCAGAAUGUUUAGAGAAGAGCUGGGCUGGUUCCUUAUUUUCAUUUCCCAGGCUAGUCUGUUCACUCUUACUGCCUUUCUCCCUAGCUGCUGGCAGUUCUACUGCACAGGGUGUCCCAAAAACCUUAGUGCAGUGUUACGCCCAAGUAGAUUAAAACUGCAUUAAGACUUUGUAUUUUUUGAAGCCAAAUUUCUAGAAAUCCUUAGGCCAUUUUCAGUUGCACCCAGGCAAACUCCUUGAGGGCAAGGACAGUGUUUUAUUUUUCAGGACUGGUUUUUUCCAUCUGUAAUUAUACUUGCACUACCUACCUCAGAAUUGUUGGGGGAAAAGUGCUUUGCAAAACUUAAGAGCGUCACAGCAAUAUGAAUUGUUAUUAUCUUGCUUUUCUCCUCAGCACCUAGUACAUAGUACCUUAUACUUGAUUGUUGACUCUUUUUUGAAUGCUGAGUCAAGCUUUUUGGGUUUGGAGACUUCCCCCUUCCUUGAGCUCCUGGAUGGGCAGUUAAUGGUAGGAUUCAGCAAAUUCAACCCAACUCACAUUUGAGUACCUACUACAUGUAGAGUCCUGUAUCUACUAAGUGCUGAGAGACAGAAAGAAAAUUAGGUGGUUCCUUCCUGCACUUAUGGAGCCUACCAUAUUGUAGAUCAUAUUAAAAAGGGUUAAAACCAGAAAAAGUCAUUUAAUUCAUUGGGGUCAAACUCAAAUAGAAAUGAGGCUAUUAAACCAUAAAUAAAUAUCUCUUAGGGCUGCAUAUUGACUUAGAAAACAACGUAUUAACAUUAUUUAUGUUCUGUUGUAUUUUUAUUUAUUUUGUUAAAUAUUUCCCAAUGACAUUUUAAUGUGGUUCAGGCCUGAGUGUUUCAGGCUAUAAUGUGGCUGGGCCUUGUGUUUGACACCUCUGAUCUGUCCUCAUUUUACAGCUUUAGAAACAGGUCCAGAAAAGUUGUGACAUGUCCAUAGGAAAGGGAAAGGAUGUUUUAAAAAGCAUGAGUUGUUCAUAGAAUCCUGGAUGUAGAGCUCGAAGGGACCUGAGGGGUCACUUAGUGCAACCUUUUCAUUUUUCACAUGAGGAAACAGAUCCAAAUAAUGUAGAGAACCCUUCAGGGUAACUUGCUGAACCUGUGACAGGCCAGGUCAAUCAGAGCCCUAAGCAGUCUUUACAGAUCAUGUCAAAUAUUUGUGAAUCAACAGUGGUGCUUAGCAAUGCCCUCAGAGCAUGGGAAUACACAGGAAAGAACACUUAGAAACUCAUCCCCUCAAAGAGCAGCUCACCUGUCCAGGAGUCCCUUUAUGGAAUACCUAGACGGUAUUCUGUUGAGCUGGCUGUGAAGAGAAUUCAGUUUUCCUGUGGGUUUUCAUUAUAGAAUUGGAAUGUUCCCAUAAUAGACUGAAUCAAAUACUUUUUCAUGAAUAAUGAGUUCAUGUGGUGAUCAGACUUAUGACGUCAUAGAUGUUUCUAAUUCUAGCAUCUCUUAUUUCACUUCUUUUCUUCCUAUCAGCCUUUUCUCAGAUCAUGAAAAUUUUUUCAUGGGGAUCCCAAUUCUGGUUGGGUAAUUUAGGUUAUGUAAUAGGCAAUAAUCCCAUUCUUGACCACCAGAUGCUGUCUUCUAACAAAUUAUAUAUGCUGGCCUGAAAAAAAAAAACAAGUUUGAGGCUGUAGGUUUUGUAAAAUGAAUCAGUGCCCAAUAUUACCUAGUUCUUUUAAGUUUGGAAAUCUGUAAAAACAAGUGGACCUAAAGAAAUAGAUAUCUGGACAAUCUUUUCUUAGUCUAGAGAGUGGUUGGGCAUACUUUUAGGAUACUGGGGUUAGGAAUGGAGGCUAUAGUAUGAUGGUAUGAAGUGUCAGAAAUACCUUCUUCCCUAGGAUUAAAUUGAUGGGGAGGGGAGGGGAGUUUCUGUUUAGCUGUUUAUAGAGGGAUAAUUAGAAGGGCUUAAGAAUCACAACAGUGAUGAUCCAGGCCCUGAAGCACUAGUGAUGGUGAAAGUACCUCCCAUCAUUCAUUUUAAAAACUAUUUAUUAAGGGAUUAGUGUGUGUGAGGCAUUUUGCUAGGUGCUGGGGACAUAAAGACAAAAAUGAAUUCAUUCUUGCCCUCCAGGAGCUUAUGUUCUACCUAGAAGAGACAAGUGGGCUCAUGGUGUCUAAAGCUUCCUGGAGAGCAGGAGGGCAGGGGAUCUGGUUCUAGGGGAGGGGGCUCCACCCCCCAUCCCCCACCUUAGUGUAUGGCUCCUGCCUGGUCAAGACUUAAUACCUCUUACCCUCUUCCUAUGCUUUGUUAUUCCCAUAGAUAUAUGUAACUUGGGACUCUAUAGUGUUCCCUGGUCUAUAGCUAUUGUGUAUGCAUGUUCCUGAGUGCCUGUAAUGCACACGCAUAUGCAAUAUGUCACAAACUGAAAGGAAAUAAAACUUUUAUACUUCUUGGA